AUUUAGGGGUACGACUUGAGGAUAAGGAUACCUGGCAACCAGAACAGAAGAGAAGGGAGGGUUUGGGUUUGGGUUUGGGAGAUCGUCCUGUCUGUUUCUGUUAUUCAAAAAAUAAAAAAAAAUCUCUGAAAUUAUUUUCAAUGGCGGAUGAGAAGACGCAGAAGCAGCAGCUGAAGCUGUUUUCCUACUGGAGAAGCUCCUGCUCCUGGCGAGUUCGAAUUGCCCUUAAUUUGAAAGGGCUUCAAUGCGAAUAUAUACCUGUUAACCUCGUCAAAGGGGAGCAAUUCAAAUUCACUGAGCUCAAUCCGAUGGGAUAUGUGCCGGUGCUCGUUGACGGUGAUGUUGUGGUGUCCGACUCUUUUGCUAUUUUGAUGUAUCUGGAAGAGAAGUACCCUGAGCAUCCACUCUUGCCAUCUAAUCUUAAUAAAAGAGCAAUCAAUUAUCAGGCUGCAAAUAUCGUUUCCUCAAGCAUACAGCCUCUUCAGAAUCUAGCUGUACUGAAAUAUAUUGAGGAAAAAGUCAGUGCAGAUGAGAAACACACUUGGGUCACAUACCACAUUACCAAAGGCUUUCAAGCACUUGAGAAGCUUCUAAAAGACCAUGCAGGACGAUAUGCAACUGGAGAUGAAGUCUUCUUGGCUGAUUUGUUUCUAGCACCACAGAUUCAUGGAGCAAUUAAUAGGUUCAAUAUUGACAUGGUUCAGUUCCCUCUCUUGUCUCGGUUGAAUGAUGCAUACGUUGAGCUGCCGCCAUUUCAAGAUGCGAUGCCAGAGAAGCAACCCGAUGCUCCUCCAUCAGUAGUCAGUUAACGAUGUCUUAUUUUCAGCGACCGUAUGGGAUUCAAUGGAUCUUUUAAAUAGGUGGAGAUCCGAAGUAAGGCUGCAAAAUUUCGUAACUCUGCAGAAACUUAUGGAAGUGAUGGAAUAAAGUUGUAGACUAUAUAAAUAUAUGUAGUUUUUAAGAGCAUAUGGAAUGUUUAUUUACAAUAAUAAAGUACAACUUCUGUU